AUGUGGAGCAUAUUGGCAAGUUUGAUCAAUUUAGGCCGGCGCCAUCUGCUAAACACCCUUCAGGCGCCCAGCAAAUUUUUUCCAGGAUACGCUUCUGUACUUCAAACACCCAAUCUGUGCCUUCGUUAUUACAAAACUGAGGACCGUUUGAGACUAAGGUGUCGCGACUGCUUUUUCGAAAGACGAGAUAACAGACUCUACGUUGAGUGCAAAACUCAUGCACGCCACCGUCAAGCUCAGAUUAUGAGAGAACCCAUUACUCCAUGGAGAUUUCGUCGGAAGAUAUGGAAACACGUAAAAUGGACUUAA